AUGUCAGAUGUUGAAGAUGUUGUUGGUAAGGCAUUGGAGAUAGGAAACAAACAGUUCAAGCUUCGAAAGUAUGAAGACGCAAUAAAGCUCUACACAAAAGCUCUCCAAGUUGCACAUGCAUUAGAUCAAAAGACAAUAAUCAAGCUCAGAGUUGCUCAAAAGUUGAAACCAAGGCCAGCUUAUUUAAAAGAUGGAGAUAAAGUCAAUCAUCCAAAGCUGACUACCAUUUUGGACUCAAGAGCAGCUGCGUAUGAAAAAACGGAUAAUCUACGGCUAGCCCUUGAUGAUAGCGUUAAAGCUGUAUCAUUUGAACCAUAUAAUGCCAAAGGUUACAUAAGAACGGGGAAGAUUUUGAUAAUGAUGAAGAAAGAUAAAAAAGCUUUUGACACAUUCACUAAGGGCAUCGAAAGAAUUAAUAGGGGCAUUGAAAAGUUUGGAAUUCAAGUAAAUCCUAAUAUGCUUCAAUAUCUAAAGGAACAGAAACAAAAAUUAGAAAACAAGCUUGAUCAGGCUAAUAAACAAUCUAAAUCCAAUACAACUAGCCCCAUUGAAAUAAAAACUGCAAGAAAGAUGUUAGAAGACCCAAUAUCUUCACAAGACAGAAAAAGACUCAAGAAGUCACCUUCAGCUUCAACUUCAACUUUAAGCCAAAGCCAAAACCAAAGUAAUCUUCAAAGUCAAGAGGAAAGAAAGCAAUUAGAUCCACUUAUUUGGCUUCCCUUGGAACUCACAACAGAAGUAUUUAGCUUAUUGAAUUUGAAGGAUAUAAUAAGAUCGUUCACAGUAUCACGGUUAUGGUGCGAGACUUUGUCAAGAUCACCACUUUUACUCAAUGACAUUGUUAUUCCAAGAUUUGCUACUUUAAAACAUGUUCAAUCUUGCUUUGAACUUUUAACAAAAUCAAGAAGGUCAUCAUCAAUAAAGAGCUUGAAUAGCUUACAAAUGAGAUCCAUAAGGAGAAUGGAUGAAAGACAAAUUAUGAACAUCGUUCUCAACAAAUCACCAUUGAUAUACACAGGUUCUUUAAAUUUUAACUUUCUUGAUAUUACUACUGAACAGUUGGUCGAAUGUCUUCAAGGUAAUAGAUCAUCAUUGAAGAGACUUGAAAGAUUGAAAAACUUAAGAAUCACUUGUGUUAUGAUACCGAAAGCAGAAGAAAAAUUACUUGAUUUAUUACCACACCUUGAAUCUUUAGAAAUCACUAGAGCACCAGAUAAUAAUAGACCUUCGUCAUUUAAAAAAUAUGAUAUCAUAUUACAAAGAUAUAAGAAUCUCAAGACUUUAACAUUGGUUGGUGAUUUAAAGCAAAAAUAUCCAUCAAUCCCAUUCUCAAACCUUUUCACCACAAGAGUCUCAUUAAUACCAAAUCUUACUUCUUUAACAAUUGUUGGUUAUGAUUUUAACACAUUGAAUAAUACUAAUGUUGGAUUCAACUUUCUUCAAAAUGUUCCAAAUGUCCAAUCACUUGUUUUCGAGAAUAAUGAUAAUUUUAAUUUAGCUACUUUUCUCAAAUCUCAUGAUCUUCUUGAGUUUAAAAACUUGAGGAAAUUGGCAAUCAGAGAAAAAGAAGUUCGAUAUUCUGAACAUUUAUUGAAUAUUGAUAGUUUCUAUCUCUACAAGAUUUUUGGGAAAUUGAAAAUUUUAGAUUUAACAGGUUCAUCAAUAUCAUUUCAAGGCUUAGGUAAAAUUUUAAGGGUUUGCGGUAACUCUUUGAUCCAACUUUCAAUUGGAUAUUGUCAAAAUAUUAUAUUCAAAAAAGGUCCAUUUCGUGUCCACAUUAAUGGUGGAUUUUUUGAUUUUGAUGAUUUUUUCGAAUGGUGUCCAAAUUUACAAGUCCUUUAUCUAAACCAAGCAACCGAUUUUGGCGAUUACGCAAUAACCCAAAUGGUAUCUGCUUUGAAGGAAAAGAAAGUAGUAAGACAUAUGAAAUUAUUGGAUCUUUCAUUCAACGAAGCUUCAGGUUAUAAACUCUUAGAACUUUUACAAUAUUUAACACCACAAAAUUUAUACCUUCAUGGUAUGGAUAUAAACGCUGGUACGUUGAAGUUAAUGAAUACCAAGUUUGGAAUCAACGUUGAAAGUAGGAUUGAUAAAGCUUCCUGGAGGGAAUUUGGUUUGAAUAGUUAUAACCCAUACUAA